GUCAAAUGAUUCAAUAUGUUGCGAAUUAUUUAGAAAAUAUUCAUGAACGAAAAGUGUUUCCCAACAUACGUCCUGGUUAUUUGGCGAAAUUACUACCGAACGAAGCACCAAAUGAACCGGAAAGUUGGGAAGAUAUUAUGAAUGAUGUAGAAAGUAUGAUUAUGCCAGGGGUGACACAUUGGCAACAUCCACAUUUUCAUGCCUAUUUUCCUUGUGGUUGUUCGUACACUUCAAUAUGUGCUGAUAUACUGGCUGACGGCAUUUCAUCGAUCGGAUUCACUUGGUGUUGUGCAACUUUGGGAACAACAGCCACUUGUGGAUUUGAUAAAUUAAAGGAUAUUGGUCCUAUUUGCGAUAAAUACAAUAUAUGGUUACAUGUAGAUGCAGCUUAUGCUGGUUCUUCAUUUAUUUGUCCAGAAUAUCGAUAUUUAAUGGAUGGAAUUGAAUUUGCCAUGUCAUUUGUAUUCAACCCACAUAAAUGGUUACUGAUUAAUUUCGAUUGUUCAAUUAUAUGGUAUCGUGAAGUGAAUUGGGUUAAAAAUUCAUUUCACGUUGAUCCACCUUAUUUGAAGCAUAAACAUCAAAAAACUUCCAUUGAUUUUCGUCAUAUGCAAAUUCCAUUGGGUAGAAAAUUUCGAUCGUUGAAAAUAUGGUUCACUUUACGAAGAUACGGUGUAAAAAAUCUACAAACCUACAUUCAAAAUCAUAUUCAACUGGCGCAUUAUUUUGAAAAACUUAUAUUAGCUGAUGAUCGUUUUGAAAUUAUUGCUGAAGUACUAAUGGGUUUAGUUUGUUUUCGAAUAAAGAAUAAUAAUGAAUUAACAAAACAAUUAUUUUAUGAUAUUGAAACGGAUGGUCGAAUUCAUUUAGUUUCAUCGGAAUUACAAUCACCAAAACCAUUAUAUUUCAUUCGUUUUGCUGUAUGUUAUCAUUCACCGAAUCGACAACAUAUUGAUUAUGCAUAUAAUGUCAUUAGUGAAUUAUGUGAAAAAUUAUUAAUUCAAACAAACGAUUCAACUAUCAAUAACCAAUGGAAUCAUUCAAAUAUCAAUCCUAUGCUACUUGAUCAAGAUCAAGUAAACAUUGAUCAAUGAAAUUAGUGAAUUGAACUUCGAUUUCAUUGAUGUGUUUCAAUUGUCAAUUUAUUGUAUCUGUCUGUUUGUUUGUUUGUUUAAAAUUAUUCAUGUGUUUUUAAUUGUAGUUUUUGUUAUUUUAUCAAUUCGAAUGUGUAAUGUGUAUUGUGGCAUUGUAAUAUGUUACGUAAAACUAACAAAGUACUGCUCCGUAAAAGAA